AUGGAGAAGUUCAUUUGGGAUGGAAAAAUAGGCAUUUUUCCAUUUGUAGAUUAUAUUCCAGCACAAAGAUACAGCUCAAAUAGACCAGCAGGCACCAUAGAAACAAAGGCAAAACAGAGUAUAACUAAGGAAACCAUCAGGGAAUUGAUAAUCAAUGUGCUAUUACCAGCAAUAAGGGUAAAAUGGCCUGAUUUUGGGUGCAAAACAAUCUGGAUCCAACAAGAUAAUGCCAGACCCCACAUUAGACUAGAUGACAUGCAAUUUUUGGAAGCUGCAAAGCAAGAUGAAUUUUAUGUGCAUCUAAUAUGUCAACCUGCCCAAUCGCCAGAUCUAAACUGUCUUGAUUUGGGAUUUUUCAAAGCAAUUCAGUCCAUACAACAUCAAUAUUUUCCAAAUACAGUUGACAAAUUAAUUGAGAGUGUUGUUGAUGCAUACAAUUGCUAUGAUGCAAGGAUCAUUAACUACACAUUGCUGCAUCUUAUGUAUGUAAUGGUUGAGAUCAUGAAAGUAAAAGGGGGAAACAACUACAAAAACCCUCAUAAAGGGAUCAAAAGAAUGGACAUGUUAGGUCAAUUACCCACAUUUGUUGAGGUCUCAGAGCCAUUAAUCAAUGACACAGUGAACUACCUAAAUGAAAACAUAGUGAGUGGAGCAGAUCCAAUGUGUGAGGGCAUGGAAUUAGGUCCAGAAAUCUGA